CCAAGCCAGACUGGAUUUGCAGUAAGCCCCUUUCCCUGAAAAGCAAGUGGAGGCUGCUAUGGUAAUAGCAAUUUGUCUCAACUGAUUGAGAGGAGGGGCAUAAUGAUGAAAUGAUCUCUCUCUUACAGUUUGACACUUGCUCCAUGAAGAGCUGCCAUUGCAUAUGGAAUACUACUGAAACCUUGGAUUAAAAACAGCACUUGCAAAACAGAGUGGUGAUUUUAGAAGAUCCUGAUUAAUGGAGAGAAACGCCAGAGCCUGGAAUCUAGACUUCUGUAAAAGAGAUAAUUACAGCAGUCCUAAAACAGACUUUGGAGGCCGUAUCACAGGUACAAGGAGAACAGAGGGAAGUAGAGACUUCAUGAUUUAGGACACGGCAACAAACCAGGAAGGAAAUCAGCUCAUCAGUCACGGACAGCAUAGUGAGCCACAGCACACUCUAUGGAAAGACGAUGAACAGCACAUGCAUUUUCAUUUGCAACACUAAUUCCAAGAUGGAGUGGUACUGUUAUUUGCUGAUUCUGGUUUGCUUUUUCAUUCUGUUGGUGGGAUUUCUAGGCAACAUACUUGCCCUGCGACAUUAUGUGUGCUGCAGGAAGACGUGGACUACUAACAGCAUAUUUCUGUUUAAUUUGGCACUUUGUGACUUCACUUGGAUUCUCAUGGCACCUUUUUCAGUAUACUAUAGUCUCCAGAGGCCAGAGGACUAUUCCAGUCAAACGUUUUAUCACAUCAUAAGACUAUUUUUUAGUAUUAAUAUCUACGGAAGUGUCUGCUUCCUGACAUUCAUCAGUUUUGACAGAUACGUAGGUGCUGUCCAUCCUAUCAGUUCAUUAACGUGGUGGGACAAAGGAAAGGCCACGUCUUGUACUAUUGCUGUAUGGAUCUUCAUAGUCACUGCAUCAGUGCCAGAGAUCUUUUACACAAUUGAAGUGGGAAGACAUGACAUCCCAGAUAACGAGGAUAGCACUGGACCUUUACAAUUUGCCGUGCCAUUUGUACUCUCCAAGAUUGUCUUGAGAUUCCUAAUUCCAGUCACAGUCAUCUUUACAUGCUAUAUGUUGACUCUCAAAGCGUUGCUACAACUCAGUAAACGCCAGCAGAGAAGGAACAGAAUCAUUAGGCCUUUUUUAUUGAUUUCAGCUGCUAUGAUUUUAUUUGCUGUUUGUUUCACACCUUAUCAUGUCAUGAUGAUGGUGACACUAAUUUACAAAAUAACUUGUCAAGCACCCUGUGGAAGCACAAAUAUGUUGUUUGCUGUUUAUCAGAUCACAGAGAUCAUCUGCAGCAUCAGUAGCUGCCUCGACCCAAUCAUUUUUACAGUAGCAAAUAAGCCAUUCUAUCAAAGAAUGAAAGAUAUAAACUGUCAUCCCAAACGCCAGUGCUGCUGUUGUCUGACACGUAAGGUAAGGGACAUCAUUCUGUCCCCAAGAACGGUGACUUAAAUGUCAAUCUACAAAGACAUGCAUCUCUUCCUACCCAUUUGGCUUUGUACCAUUAGAGCAGUUUAAAAUUUCAUCUCCUGUAUAGCACAGCAAUCUCCUGAGUAAGCAAGAAUAGACAGCAAUGCAGGGUAAAACCUGACAUGCAAAUCAACUAGAAAAGAAACAUUAGCAACUCCUGGCUUUCCAGAACUGGCAUUUUAAAUAUCAUUGUCAUAAAUACACCUUAAUUUAUUGUGACAUAGCACUUCCUCCCUGUACGUACAUGUGAUAUGGAAUGAACAAUGAAUAAAAGCUCUAAGUAGCUACCUUAGUUCUUGGCCAGAAAAAUGUCAAGCACAUUGUGUUGGGGAAUUUUCUUAUAGCUUCUAUUAAUUGUUUUUUCAUAUGGUCAGAAGUGCUGUUGUGGUUGGACUGUGCAAUUAAUAAGAAUCAUGAUGCUAACAGCUGAACUUCUGGAGCAUUUGUAGAGAGGCUUUCUGUAAGUAUCUAAUUUUAAUUCUAUAAGUCCUUAUAGAGUAGAGUGCACUAGAGUUCCUCUGGCACUGCCAGUAGAACCUCAUUAACCUGGAUAAAUUCAGCAGAUUUCCAAAAACAAACAAACAAAAAUAAUACGGUAACAUCCCUAAGGAUAGUCAGAGCCAUAGUGAGUCUGUCCUGAAGCAAACAAACACCAGGUUGUUUGGCAGGGAACUCUGAACUCAUCAACAGGGAGAAGCAUGCCAAGGAGAAGUUCUGAAAUACAAAGGGGGCUGAGCUGCAAGAAGAAUAAGAGACACUGCCCUCUUAUAGAGAGUGUUUUUUGUCUUGCUCAUUUAGGCUCUUAGCAUCAGUUUCAGGGCAGCCUAAGGUAAUCAGUCUAGAGUGGACUUUUUUUUAUAGCCAUUGAAGAACAUCCGUCUUCAGCAGUCAUUAAAUAUGUGCUCUCCCAACAUACAUGGGCAAAGUCAUGCUUCGUAAUCAACCACCUGCUUUCUUGCCAAGAAAUACCUUAAUUAUAAAAGCCUAUAUAUUACUAAGCUCAUUAACUAUAUUUUCAGAAAUUAAUGACACAGUACGUUUUAAUAUACUUUUUCCAGUAUACUAUUUUUUUUAUUCCCCGAGUUUUAAUAUGAUUUUGUUCUCACAUUGCUAUGUAAAAAUAAUUCUACUCUCCAUUGGCAUUAAAUCUCACUUGUUGAAUGUUUCGAUUGUGUUGAGUAUAUAUUCAUGGAUACAUGUAUAUAUAUAUAAAAUACUUAGAACAUUGUUUUUUUCUAAUUUUUUUCAACUGUGAUUGAAAUAUCUGUGAUAUCAGGUCCUGAUAAUCUGAAACACUUCAGAUAGGUUUGGAUGUAUAUAAAUGAGGAUCUCAUAGCAAAAUUGCCUGUCUAUAUUCUGUUCAGUGGAGUUACACACUCACCUCAUUGUAAAUUCUGCUUUUAUUCAUUUGAUGUCUUCUUAAUCCUUAAUUUUCUCAUAUUUUAAAGGAAGAAUACUUUGUUUUAUGCAUGAGUUGUCUUUUGUAAACAUGGCAGGGUUAUUAGCAGUGCACUAACUUCCUUAAGAGAGUUUGUUAAGCUCUGAAUGGGCACACAUCGGCAGUUAUCUGCUCUAGUGUAUGCUCACAUCGCAAACUGAUACAGAAACAAUGUCACUGUCAUUUAGUGGCAGCGGUGCUCUCAGCAUGAGAAGGGAUAGGACAGGAGAGAUAAGUGUGAAGCUCUGCAAUAAAUGAGUUUAUUGCUCCCACUGGAUUGCACCACCAAGUUUGUAAACAGUGAGCUAUUUCCAAAACCAAACACUUGCUAUUUUUAUCUUCUAAACUAUCUUUAAAGCUACAGAUACGCUGUCUCUUUCUCACUUCAGUAUUGCUUUUCAUCAAGUUAAUUUGUCCGUAAAAUUCAAUGUGAAAUCAAAAUAUGUUUUUCUGCACACAAAGUCAAACAUAAAAGCUUAAUGCAGUUCUCAUUGCUUACUAUGUAGAUGGUAAUGUUACUAUUACAUUAUUAAGCUACUACCAUUAGAAAGGUCUUCUGUUGUUAAAGAAGAAAUAAGCAUUCAACUCAGAAGAAAUUGUGAAAAACGUGAUCAAAGUCAUUUCUUGAUUUUGGAAAUAUAGAUAUAGAUAUAUAUUUCCUCUUAGAAUUGCAGCCUUUAUAACACCUUUGAUUGCAACCUGCGGUCACAAGUCCCCAAAGUUGGCAAGAAUAAAAUCAAAAAUUUCAAUCAAAGACUGGAUUGAAAACCUGCAGCAAGCUCAACAAUGGAAAAGCAUCACAGAUGACCCUUCCACAACUCACAUGCAAUGCCUUUUGCAAGCAGCAUUAACAUGGAUCGCUCAGAUUCUCAAGCAAAGUCAUGUUUUUCACUGCCUGUGUUUCAGUGUGUAAAAAUGAAAAACUUGUUUUAGGAAAUGCUUUAUAGUCUAUGUGACAGUCUGACUCAAAAAGUUUUCUGUAAGAUAAGGAGAAAUUUCAUUCUGGUCAGGUAAUCAGAACAUAAGAUACAUUUAACUGAAGGAGAAUGACCUUUAUAGUCUCUGUGUGACAGAACUAUGCAGAAUACAGAUAAAAAGAUGCAAAAGGAGGCAAAAUGAGCUGCUUUCUGCUGUCUGUCAGCAUCACCCUACCAAAGGACUGCAUGGUCCAGGGCACACGUGAUGGAGCGAUGCCAGAAAUGGCCAUCAUGGUCCUGGGGGAAUAUUAAGGAGUGCUGUAAGUGCUGUGCCCAAUGACCAGGAAAGGACAGGGGAAGCAAAGAGGCAGGGAGCUCUUUUUCCAGGCAAGAAUCCUGAUCUCAGCCAACUCAAAAGAUAAAAAUUGCCAUGAAAUAGCAUCUAUCAAGAUGAUAUGGAUUUCUGCUGCAUAUCUUUUGAUCCUCCCUGACUUCCAAGGAUUUCAGCAAGAGAGACAGGCAGCAUGGAUGGUAGCCCUGCUCUAUAUGCUUCGCUGGGUAAAAGCAGUAGAAAACUGGAGACUCCUCUAGUUUACUGUAUAAGGCAGGUGGCCCAGGUCCUCAGCCCACAGUUCUGGGUUCAUCUGCAGAACAAGGGACACACUGUUUGGACACUGAAAUGCUUUGAAAAAACACUUUCUGCUUUUCUCCUUUUUGUAUUCCACAGACAGAAGAUUAUGGGAUAAACUGUAUUACAAAAAUAAAUCCUCCUCUCCAUGUCUGUUUCUGUAGCUGGAUGGAAUGGCCCACAAACCUAUAAAAGCUCACCAGUUUUCUAUCAAGAAAGCCAUCAAUAACAAGAUGCUCACAGACACAUGAGAACGUGGGGAAGGAAAAGCAAACAAACCACCUUAUACCCCAAAAAGAUUAUUCCCAGACAACCCCAAAUAAUGAAGAACAGAAGAGGAAAAAAAUGAAGACAUCCAAAUAAAUAAAUAAAUAAGCUAUCUGUGUCA